CGUGAAGACAGCAAAAUGCACAGCUCGUCGGCUCCCGUAGUCAUCACCUUCGUCGACGUUGGCGACAGUCAGGAGUCUAAACAGCAGUUUGCUAAUGCUAACAGUGCCCAGAAAACAGAGUUGUUUUAAACGGUUUCAUUGCCUUUAUAUACAUGGUGAAAGGGCUAAUACUAUAACGUUACAAUGGCUGCGAAGAUAAACGAAGCCCAUGAGCACAUUGCCAAAGCAGAGAAAUAUCUGAAGACAAGUUUCAUGAAGUGGAAGCCAGACUACGAUAGUGCUGCGUCAGAGUACGGCAAAGCAGCUGUUGCUUUCAAAAAUGCAAAGCAACUGGAGGAAGCCAAAGAGGCAUAUCUGCAGGAGGCAGAGGCCCACGCCAACAACAGAACUCUGUUUCAUGCUGCAAAAGCACUUGAACAAGCAGGGAUGAUGCUGAAGGACAUGCAGAGGAUACCGGAAGCUAUUCAGUAUAUUGAAAGAGCGAGUAUGAUGUAUGUGGAGAAUGGCACUCCAGACACUGCAGCUAUAGCACUGGACAGGGCUGGAAAAUUAAUAGAACCAGUGGAUCUUGCUAAAGCAGUGGACCUCUACCAGAAAGCUGGAUCAGUAUAUGAGAAUGAGGACCGGCUUCGCCAGGCAUCUGAAAUGCUAGGAAAGUGUUCCAGACUUCUUGUUAGGCAACGCAAAUUUGACGAGGCUGCUGUGUCCCUUCAGAAGGAGAAGAACAUGUACAAAGAAAUAGAGAAUUAUCCAACAUGUUUUAAGAAAACCAUCGCCCAAGUGCUCGUCCAACUUCACCGAGCGGAUUUCGUGGCCGCUGAUAAAUGCGUUAGAGAAAGUUACAGUAUCCCAGGGUUCAGUGGGAGUGAGGAUUGUAUCGCUAUGGAGGAGCUACUACAAGGCUAUGACGAGCAGGAUGAAGACCAGGUGUACAGAGUGUGCAACUCGCCAUUACUCAAGUACAUGGAUAACGAUUACGCUAAGCUGGCCCUCAGCCUGAGAGUGCCGGGCGGCGGCAACAAGAAGAAGCCGCUGGCCGCAGCCAGUGAUGCAGGAGCAAGUGCGGCCCAGCCGGACGAAGAGGAGGACGAGUAUGCUGGGGGCCUGUGUUAGACACACACACACACACACACACACACACACACACACACACACACACACACACACACACACACACACACACACACACACACACCGAUGACUGCACCAGCUGCACUGAGUUGGUGUUCCCAGCAGAGGGAGCUCCUCUGUUGCAGUUGUGAUGAUGAGUCUCCUCCAGUAGAGGGCAGUCUUCCACAGCGGUUUAUCCGUUGGAGGCUUGAACUGCCCUGCUGCGGUGCCAUUCUGUAAGCAUGAGUGUAUAUGUGUAAAACUAUGAAAAAUAUGUGUAAUAUAUAUUCUCUCGAUAUAUAAAGACUAAAAGCAUCGAUUUACUACCCUCAUGCUUGAAAAACAUCUUUGUAUAAGUUCUUAUUUUAACACUUUUUCUGAUUGAUGAAGUGAACCCGCAAUCAUUUUGAUGAUUUUUGUUUAUGAUGUGUGUGAUUAUUGAGGGACAGGUAUUUCUUUGCAUGAUUUCUGACUUCCAGCCUUGUGCUUUCUGGCACACGAGUGUGUGCCAGAAGCUGAACACUCUAAACUUGAAGAUUUGAGACAUUCAGGUGAGCCUUCCUUUGUGUGUGGACACUCUAGGGGACCUAUGUAGUCUGGAGAUGUUGAUUACUAUUAGAACAUGGUCAUGAGUUUGACUGAAUUCCUUCUUUAGUGAAAAGAGCAAAGUUAAUAUUAAUCAGAUGUUUGCAUAGUUGGCUUUUUGUUGAUUCCAAUAUUUUUGCACAGAUGUGGUGCAUGUGUGGAAUUGUCAUAGUCAUGUAAGCAUAGUUGGACAGAUGAACAGUGUUCCAAAAAGUCAUGCAACCAAUCUAUUUCCUGUCUUGGCAAACUUCCUUAGAGAUGUGUAGCACUAAGUCCAUAUGCUGAUGAUCCCAAACUUAUUUACCUACCGGACGGUUUUUCCUGAGCACUUCCUAAUUACCCAGCAUGCCUUUGUAAUUUCAGAAGCAAAAACAGGAGAAUGUAUACAUCAGCCUAUACUCUGUCCAUGGUAUAUUGGGAUAGCACUUAAUGUCCCUAUGCCAAAAACCUCACAACAUCCCUUAAUCAUCCAACUGCUCACCCAAGACAUGUUUUUUAAUGAUAUUGUGAAAGACUGAUGAGCAGCACACUAUAGACUGUAUGCCUUACGAUUUACAGUGUCUUACAAUUUGUAGACACCCCUAGAAAUGUUUGAUUCCUGUCUUUGGAGUCAGCUGUUAUGCUGGAAAGAAAUGCUCUACAAGUGGUUUUAUAUUUUCCAAAACCAAGAAUGGCCUCCAAUUGAGUGGCGACCUACAAAUCUGCAAACCUGCAUGAAUGCCUGUACUGAAUGCUUGUAUCUCUAAACUGUGUCAGUAUGCUGUGGUUGUCCUUAUGAUAUUGCCUUAUUGUGUUUUAACUGUAAAGUGAUUGAUAAGAAUGCUAAGUUGUAUACAUCUCUCAAUUGCAAGGGAACUUCUGUGUGUUGCAUGUCAAAGGUUUUGAUGUCAACCUUUUAUUAUGGACAUUCUUUGCAAACUUAAACAAUAUAUUAUUUUAAUGGGAAUCAUAAUGGAAAAAUUACAAAUAAAUUCAAAUGUUUGCAGUGUUUAGUGUGAAGUUGUAUGUGUCAAAUUAAAGAUAAAAUCUGUGACUGGUGAAAUAUUGAUAAAGUGGCUCUUUGGAA